UGGCGAUUGCUAUAGUUCACGAAAUUUCAGUUCAAAUUUGUUCUCACAAUAGAACUGACCAUUUUAGGGAACAAUGUCACGUGUGGGCGCAAUUGUAUUGGCUUUGGCUGCUGUGUUGGCUGUAACAAGUGCCGAAGGAUAUGAUGGUUACAAAGUCUUCGAGAUCCUUCCCAAAACCCAAGAACAAACCGAUUUUCUUCAUGAAUUAUCGAAAAUGGAUGAAUUCUAUGAUUUCUUUACUUUGAGAAGAAUGCCAAAUCAUAUGGCUCGUGUUAUGGUCAAUCCUAAUGAGGAAGAGAAUUUCCUUAACUCUUUGGCCGAACAUAAUCUUAGCUUCAGAAUUGUCAUUGAUGAUGUUGGACGUACAAUGGAACAUGAAUUCCAAAUGGAUAAGAUGAAACGUAGUUUGACCCCAUUCUCAGGCAAGGGACGUUUGAGUACCGAACGUUAUUACAGUCAUGGCGAAAUCAAUAAUUAUAUUGAAGAUUUGGAAAAACGUUUCCCAUCUCGUGUAUUCCUCAAGACCGUCGGCAAAUCCUAUGAGGGACGUAAUAUUAAGACUAUUACAAUUACCAAUGGAGAUGGUCGUGCCAAUAAGAAUGUCAUCUUUAUUGAUGGUGGUUUCCAUGCUCGUGAAUGGAUUUCUCCUGCAGCUGUUUUAUAUGUUAUCGAACAGUUGGUCGAGAAUUUCGAAGAAAAUGCUGAACUUUUGUUGGAUUAUGAUUUCGUCAUCUUGCCUGUGGUUAAUCCUGAUGGUUAUGAAUAUACACAGACCAGCACUUCUGCCCGUUUUUGGCGUAAAACUCGUCAACCUUAUCAAACUGAAAGCAAAAUUUGCUACGGUGCUGAUCCCAAUCGUAACUUUGAUUUCCACUGGAAUGAAGAGGGUGCUUCAUCUAACCCCUGCUCCGAUACCUAUGCUGGACCUCACGGUUUCUCUGAACCCGAAACCAUUAUUGUACGUGAUUUGAUUCAUUCCCUUAAACAUCGUGGUGGCAUGUAUUUGACUGUACAUUCGUAUGGCAAUUAUUUGCUUUAUCCUUGGGGCUAUACCGCUGAUUUACCCGAAACCUGGCCAGAUUUGGAUGAAGUAGCCAAGACUGGUUAUGAUGCUAUUUUCAAUGCUACCGGUACUAAAUACACUUAUGGUUCCUCCACCAAUGUCUUGUAUAUUGCCGCUGGCGCUAGUGAUGAUUAUGCUUUCCAAGCUGGUUUCAAAAUUGCUAUGACCAUGGAGUUGCCCGGUGGCGGUAGCAUGGGUUUCAAUCCACCUGCCUCUAGCAUCGAUAGAAUGGUCAAGGAAACUUGGGUUGGUAUUCGUGCCAUGGCCAAGAAAGUUACUGAAAAAUAUCCUACUGAAAGAAUUGAAUUUUUGUAAUUUAAUUUAUUUAAAAUAAUAUUAAGUAAAUAGGUAUUUUACUUGAAAAA